GCUGGGGCCAGGGCCGAGGCGGCGGCCGGGGGCGGCGGGCCGCGCCGGGCCGGGGGCGGCGGGGCCGAGGCGGAGCGGGCGGAGGCCUGGCGGCCGGGCAGGGGCGCCAUGGCGGCGGCCGAGACGAAGAUCAUUUACCACCUGGACGAGCAGGAGACGCCGUACCUGGUGAAGCUGCCGAUCCCGGCCGAGCGCGUCACCCUCGGCGACUUCAAGGGCCUCCUCAACCGCCCCAACUACAAGUUCUACUUCAAGUCCAUGGACGACGACUUCGGGGUGGUGAAAGAAGAAAUCUCAGAUGACAAUGCCAAGCUUCCCUGCUUCAAUGGCCGGGUGGUGUCGUGGCUGGUCUCUGCAGAGGGUUCCCAUUCGGAUGCUGGCUCGGUCUGUGCCGAUAACCAAACAGAGCUGCCACCCUCCAUGGAGCGCACGGGAGGAAUCGGAGACUCCAGGCCCCCCUCUUUCCACCCUAACACUGGGGGGAGUCGGGAAAACUUGGACAAUGAGACAGAGACGGACUCGGUGGUGUCGUCACAAAGGGAACGACCUCGUCGGAAAGAUGGGCCUGAGCAUGCACCCAGGGUGAAUGGGACAGUGAAGGGAGAGCGACGCCGAGACCUGGGCGGGUAUGAGAGCUCCUCCACACUCAUGAGCAGUGAGCUGGAGACCACCAGCUUCUUCGAUUCAGAUGAAGACGACUCCACCAGCAGGUUUAGCAGUUCGACAGAGCAAAGCAGUGCUUCCCGUCUAAUGAGGAGGCACAAGCGACGCCGGCGGAAACAGAAGGCUCCACGCAUUGAGCGGUCAUCGUCCUUCAGCAGCAUCACAGACUCCACCAUGUCCCUGAACAUCAUCACAGUCACACUGAACAUGGAGAAAUACAACUUCCUGGGCAUUUCUAUUGUGGGACAGAGCAAUGAGCGUGGGGAUGGAGGCAUUUACAUUGGCUCCAUCAUGAAGGGUGGUGCUGUGGCAGCUGACGGCAGGAUUGAGCCAGGAGACAUGCUUUUGCAGGUAAAUGACAUCAACUUCGAGAACAUGAGCAACGAUGAUGCUGUGCGGGUGCUGAGGGAGAUUGUGCACAAGCCGGGGCCCAUCACCCUGACAGUGGCCAAGUGCUGGGACCCCAGCCCGCGGGGCUGCUUCUCGUUACCCAGGAGUAAGUGGAUAGCUGACCCACCCUUAACGCUGGUGCCCAGCUCAUUUGCUCCCCAGCGGAUCUGGGCUGGGCCAGACUCUCCAUGCUCCGAUCCGGGUGAGCCCAUCCGGCCCAUUGACCCGGCAGCCUGGGUGUCUCACACGGCAGCGAUGACUGGCACCUACCCAGCGUACGGUAUGAGUCCAUCCAUGAGCACAAUCACUUCCACCAGCUCCUCCAUCACCAGCUCCAUCCCAGAGACCGAACGCCUCGAUGACUUUCACCUGUCCAUCCACAGCGACAUGGCCACCAUUGUCAAAGCCAUGGCCUCACCAGAGUCAGGCCUGGAGGUGCGUGACCGCAUGUGGCUGAAGAUCACCAUCCCCAAUGCCUUCAUUGGUUCAGAUGUUGUGGAUUGGCUCUAUCACCAUGUGGAGGGCUUUACAGACCGUCGUGAGUCCCGCAAAUAUGCCAGCAAUCUGCUGAAGGCUGGCUACAUCCGACACACCGUGAACAAGAUCACCUUCUCGGAGCAAUGUUAUUACAUCUUCGGGGACCUCUGUGGAAACAUGGCUAAUCUGUCUCUCCACGAUCACGAUGGUUCCAGCGGCGCCUCCGAUCAGGACACUUUGGCUCCACUCCCCCACCCAGGAGCUGCACCCUGGCCUAUGGCUUUCCCGUAUCAGUAUCCACCGCCUCAUCCAUACAACCCCCACCCCGGCUUCCCUGACCCGGGCUACAGCUACGGAGGGGGCAGUGCAGGCAGCCAGCACAGCGAAGGGAGCCGGAGCAGCGGUUCCAAUCGCAGCGGCAGCGAGAGGAGGAAGGAGAGAGAGAAGACCGGGGAGUCCAAGUCAGGCGGCAGCGGGAGUGAGUCGGACCACACCACGAGGAGCAGCAUGCGGCGCGAGCGCGCGGCCAGCGAGCGCUCGGUGCCGGCCAGCCAGCACAGCCAGCGCAGCCAGCACUCCCUGGCUCACAGCAUCCGCAGCCACCACAGCCAGCAGUCGUAUGGGCCGCCCGGCCUCCCCCCUCUCUUCAGCCCCCCCAUGUUGCUGAUGCCUCCACCGCCUUCAGCCAUGGGCCCCCCUGGGGCGCCGCCGGGCCGUGACCUGGCCUCUGUGCCCCCCGAACUGACGGCCAGUAGACAGUCCUUCCGAAUGGCCAUGGGCAACCCCACAGCAAAGAAUUACGGGGUGUUUGACUUUCUCUGAGCCUGCCGCCCGUAGGGGGGAGAGCUGGAGCGUGGCGUGGCCCGACAGGAGGACACGGAGCUCCAAGGGCGCUGGGCACACAUGGCGCUGAAGAUGGCUUCUUUCCUCCCCCUUGCGGAAGACUCCCUGCCCUUCCCGCAGCCCCGAGAGGGGAGCAGGGACCAGCCUUAUAUAUGCGUUUUAAAUCCCAUUGUAGUUGCCUUUUGGCUAAUGCAUGAAUGUUCCAGGGCUUCAGUGCCUCCGGGGAGUGGAGAGAUGCUGCCACUUCCCUCUUGCCUCCCAUCUCUUGCCCACACAUUGGGCCAGGUGCAAGCCUGGCACUGCCCCAUGGCAGAACCCUCCUUCCCCUUGCCUGGGCCGCCAGUCCCGGGGCUGGGGCUGUCCCUCUGUGUUCAGCCUGGAGCGGCGGAGGGUGCCUGCACAGUCUUGUGCUACUCGGGGCCCUGCCCUGGGGUACUCGGGGGGGAUUUAAGGGCAGAGUUCCGCUCCCUCUGUCCUGCUCUUUGCCCUUCUGCUUGCGACACUUUGCCCUUCUGCUGCCCAUCCCGUUUGUAGGGGCUGUCCCGUUCCUGGGGCUGGGUGGCAGCUGUGGCCUUCUCCCUUGUGUGGCUGCUCAGCAAUGUGACGUCUUCAAGGGCCUGGAUGGCAUUAGAGGGACACAAAUGGUUCACUUGCGCUCUUUGGGGAAAGGUCCUAUGAGGGGCCCGAGUCUGCCUCCCCCUCUGCCCAGCGCCAAGCGUGGCCGGCCGGGCUGCUGGGAGGGAUGAGGCGCUGGGACGGAGCUGGGACAGUCCUGCUCCCUCUGGGCUGGGAACGGUGUCAGCAGGAGCUCCCCAGGGAGGGUGGCUUCAGCCUGGACUGCGGCCUCUGGGCUGGGAGCCUGCAGAGGUGUCAGGACAGUUGAGUCCAUUUGCUCUGGCGCUCCCGGCCCUUUUUCCUUUCUUGUCUGGGUACUUGGGGACAUGCCUCGGGCUGGGGGCAGCCCCUUCCCCGUACCCGGGGCCAAGCACGGUACAGUACAGACACGCUCGACCCUCGGUGCUGGGUCGCCGUGGCUUUCUCUGCAAGCGUCGCCACCUUUCGUCUGUUGUGUUUGCAGUUUUUAUACGCUGGAGAUUAAAUGCGUUUUGCCUCUCGGGGGUCUGCGUUGCCCCUGCAGCCCCUCUGCCAUGGGUUCAUCUCCCCAUGACUCCCUGAUGCCUCUCCUCCCCCUGCCCGCGCUCUGCCAGCCUCCCGGCCCCUGUCUCGGCUGCUGCCUGUCCCCAUUCUCCCCCCUGCCCCGCGAUGGCACCCAGCCGCCUCCCCAGCCACCGCUCAUGCCCUUGCCCUACCCUGCCCGCUGGGUUUUAUAAAAACAAAACCAAUCUCCUUGUUUUUAUUUAUAAACAUAGUUUUAUUGGA